AUGCAGUUCAAGACCGUCGCCAUCGCUUCCUUCGCCAGCUUCGUCGCUGCCCAGGAUCUUUCUCUCCUCCCCGACUGCGCGCGCCCAUGCUUCGUCGACAACUUCCCCGUCUCAGGCUGCACUGACCAGACCGACUUUGUCUGCAUCUGCGCUUCCGAUGCGUACAAUAACGCCGUGACCUCCUGUGUCCUGGGCGCCUGCCAGACCGCCGACGUCCUUGCCGCUCUUGACUGGGCCACCAACACCUGCAACGCCGCUGGCGUGCCCAUCUAA